AGCUUAUACUCCAAAUUCAAACAGUCCGACCAGAACCCGAUCAAAUUGCUCUCUCGUCGUCGACUUCACGCCAAAAAGCUAGGGUUUUGAUCUUUGGAUUUUUCCUGCUGAAGAUACCCUUCAUCACCGGGCACCAUGAACUGCGAAGUUUGCCAACUCAAAGAAUUGGAAGUGGAGCACUUUGAGAUAGGAGAAGUUCUACGCUGCAUACUACACACGAUUGUGUUUCAUCGAGCUUUAGGUCUAGUGCGGCCCAAAGACAUUGAUUUGGAACUUUUUGAAAUUACAUAUGUGCAAUGUGGUGAUGCAGAACUUGAAAAUAAAAUAGAUGAAAAGAUUGAGCAAUUCAUUGGUUGGGUAGAGAAACACCCAAACAAGAAAAGUCAGAUAUGCUUAUCGUUCUAUGAAGUGAAAAACAGACAGCCUUCUUGGUACUUUAAUAAAGUUGAACGCCAAUAUUGGGAACAAUGGUAUAUCAAUUUGAACGUAGUCCAACAUACCAAAGCACAUUCUAGCAAGUUCAAUCAUUCCAAAGCUGUAGUUGAUCCCGGAGAGAGCGCAGCAGAGGAGAGAAGUGCUCGCAGGGCAGCACUUGAAGCAUCUCUCCGUGAGGUAUUGUUUCAAAUAAUAAAAUUCGUGAAUGAGAAAAAGGAUCAUGUUCCUCCCAUCCCAACUCGUGAAGGUGUUGUCUGUUUUCCGUGUGAAAUCACUACCCCAAGUUCAUCGGAUUCUGCAUUUGGAAUGGACAUGAUCAAGAGGAUGCUCCAAACUGGGCAUCCAACCAUGCUCAGCUGAUCAUCAAAUUUCUGUGGCUAUGCCACUUAUUGCCAUCGUGUUGCAGAAGCAAAACGGAUUCUUAUGUACAUGGUGUUAGCAAAGACGUAUAUAUGAGGUGUGGGUGCAGAGAGCUGCUGAGCCCAGCAAAAGGUCGAUUCACUGGAAAGGAAGUAUUCCUAGGUGCAUAUUAAUUUGCUUUAUCUAUGGAAAAAUUCUCCCCUUGUAAACAAAUCCCCCCAGCCACUUUUUCCAUCUCUCUCGUGUUUAUAUCUUAUUGUUAUAUAUUGAAUCGAUACAAGUUUGAUCAACGAGGAUCACAGAGGUCAUGGUGUCACAUAUUAUAGGUAAAUUAGGGGUUGCUUGCUGAGUGAAAAUGAUGGAAGUUGUAUGGGCAGAGUGGUUUAGGAUCUGUGAAUGGAUCCGAUGGUCUGGAGAUUCCUUUUGUCAAAUAUCAGCAUGAUUUGAUAAUGUAGACUAUCAGUCACUAAUAUUGAAUUAUUGAUACUCUGUUCCGGGAGGUGCCCUUGACCUA